AUUAAUAAUUAAUAAUUUUUAUAUCCUUUUAUUUUAGAUUACUGAAAGAAGAAAAUAAUGAUGUUGACAAAAUUAACUUAAUGGUACCUCAAACUAAAUGGCUGAUGUCUCUUUUCAGAGGCUACUUGUGACACUUACAACAAAACUCAAAAACCACUCCUUAGGCUUACGUGGUGAUGUCGUCAUUGUCAAGGACGUAAAACACAGUAAACUAUCAGCUUGUUCAAAUCAUAUAUUUGAUGUGUCAUUCUUGGUGGCUGGAAUGCCACAAAAUUGGCAGCUAAUAUUUAAUCCUGAACAUCCUUUGCUCGCACCUGAUGUUAUAUUUGACAACAAAUCGUUUUUUCCAGAUAUUCAACUGAUUGAGGGGUUUACCGCUUGGAACACGAGAUCUGAUGAAUGUCUUGUCGCUUUAAUAACUGACCUUUUUGAAGCUUAUUUGAAACAUCAACGCUCUGCAAUAUUAGAAUAUCCACAAGUAAAAAAUUCAUUUGAAGAAUUCAUGAAAACUACCAAAUUUGGAUCAAGAUGUGAAAUUGAUAUCCUUAAGAAUGGGCCUGGGACCUUUAAUGACGUCAUUAAAUUGAUGAUAUCCCUGGAUGUUAAUUUUUCAAAACUACCUCCUUAUUUACAGCCAAAAAAUGUUGGUGAUAAUUGUUGUUGUCUUUCGUUUGUGUUUGAGCCACCAAACUUGUCAACAAUUAAACCUGUGUUGGAACUAUCUCCAGCAGUUGAAAUUGCGUUGGGUGGGAUAUCUAACUUGAGAAUACCUCCAUAUGGAACUUCAACGUUGGUAUCAUAUACUAAAAAAAUAUCUGACCUCCUAGAAAACACAGUAAGUGACGUCAUUGAGCGGUACGAAAGAAGAAAGUCACUAAUCAUCUUGCUGCUGUCCGAGUUAAAUGGAUCGGUGAUUGAAUAUGACACUGAAACAUUUUGUGAAGCUAGUUUUCUGUUAGAAGUAGAAGGCUUUCAUUUCAUUCUGAUUGUGAUGUUAAGCGAACAAUUUCCUCAUGAAGAGCCAUCCAUUGCACUUCAACCAAUCUACCAAAUGUCAAACCAUGUUCACACCAUGUCAGUGAAAGAUUGUACACAUGAUCCACACAUGUCUAGUGAGCAAAUACUCACCUAUAUCAGAGAAUCGGUGAAUAAAAGCUUGCAAGAGUUCAAAAAGAAUUCGCUUUCAUAACCACGGGAAAAUUUACAACAAAGAGAGCAGACGAAAAACACUAUAUUGUCUCAUAUGUGAAAUACCUUGUUACCAGAUUACUGAAGUCAUAUUGUUAAGUUAUCCAAAAGAGCAAUUGGAACUAUAUUGCUUUUAUUAUAUCAAGUUAUACAAUAUAUUUUAAAUGAAAUAAAAAAGUAUAAGGCGUUAUUGUUUUGUUUUCAAUUUUGCAACUGUUUGUUUUGUAAGGAGCAUCCGUUCCUUGAGAAAUGAAACAAAGAAAUAAAAAUGAGAGUUUCUCAAUCCCACAGAAAUAAAUUAUUUAUAUAAAAAUAUGUAAGCAAAUUGGUUUGGGUUUUUAUAUUCGCUAUGGAAAAAAAGAAAAACGCUAUAAAAGCUGGUUACAGUUCCAGAUCCACAUUUACAUAAUACAACAUGUUUGCGACACAAGGUACACUCAUCGUUGCUUUGCUAGCGUAUGUAGCAUGGGCACGAGAUGAUCAAGAGUCUUGGAUGCAAUAUAAUCGCGACGUUGAACAACCAGUAAAGAGAGCUGACAUAUACUACGAUUAUCUACACAAAAUGAAACCAGGGAGAAAAAAUAAAAUUUCUUCCAAAAACUCAUUUCUGAGCUAUCUGUUGACAACAAAACUUCAUGGGGUGGGCGAGAAAAAAGAGAUGAACACUGCAACAGUGUAUGGUGCAAAUGGAAUUCCGUGCCAGCAUGGUACGAACCAGGAUGAUACAGCUUGUAGUUGUCGCAAAUUGGUGUGUCAUCGGCAAGCUGGUUGUUCGCACGAAUCAAGAAUUUUUAAUAUGGGCUUAAGAUGUUUUGUGAAGCGGCCAUUUUAUUUAAUUGAUAUGUUAAAAAUGACGGUUAACGAUUGUCAAUGUGAUUUUUAUUACUUAUAACAUAUAUAGAAUUGUGUGUAACUGUUGCUUUCGUUGAAGUAAAAUAAACCUUAUCUUGAACGGUAA